AUGCCACUAGUACUUUUCAGUGGAUUUCCAGCUUGCGGGAAGACUACAAAAGCACGGGAACUAUGUGCUCUUUUGGAGACGAAAAUUCAGGAAGAACCAGAUUUGGCCAAGUACUCGAUUGUUUACCACUCGGACGAAAGUCUAGGGAUCAAACAUAGUGACUACUUGACCUCUCAGGAUGAACGUAAACUGCGUUCAAAGAUCAUGUCCGCGGUGAAACGAGAUCUGUCAAGAUAUAAGAUCGUAAUUGUGGACUCACUCAAUUAUAUCAAAGGAUUCAGAUACCAGCUGCAUUGCGAGGUAAAGAAUCUUAUGACCACAUACUGCGUGAUGCACGUAAUGAGUCCUAGUGCCAACAUUUUGGAGUGGAACGGUUCCACUGCAGAUGGUCGGAUUCCUUGGGAGCAUGAUCUUCUAAAUCAGCUGAUACAGCGCUACGAGGAACCAAAUCCGCAAACCAGAUGGGACUCGCCACUUAUUCCAAUACUUGCAGCCGAAGAUUCCAUCAAGGGUCUUUCUGAUCCCAUUUUUAGAGCGCUGUUUCCUCAGCUUUACAAAGGUACCAAUGACCGUGAAACUGACCAGUUGUUGAGCACUUUAAAACCAAACAAUGCCACGAUAUUGAAGCCGGCCGCCCAUACUAACUCACUCCAAAUUCUGGAUGCGGAAACAUCAGCUGUGGUGAAAAAGGUCUUGGCUGCCCUCCAAUCUAAUGUUGUUUCUGGCGUAACGAGAAUAAUUAUAUCUGAGGUGCAAGACAUCAAUGAUGAACGUUGUAUGUAUGCUGAGAUUCCUCCCCAGGGUGUGACUGUAGCCCAAUUGCAGAGAAUCAGACGGCAAUUUGUAGCUAUGAAUCGUCUAAGGAGUCUUGAGAAAGAGCGGGUGGCCCCACUAUUCGUGGACUAUCUGAAUAAGAAUCUCAAGGACUAG